CUCACCGUAUAUAAACUCCGACAAUUCCUACACUUAUUUCUCACCAGAACUAUGUCCACUAAACCAAAAGUCUUGUGGAUCGGGGCCCCUUUUGCCUCUGGUGCAGGCUGGGAUGAGCUCUCCCAUAUCGCCGAUGUUCAGGCCUGUACCUCCAAGGACAGACAAGAAUUCAUCCAGGAUCUCAAGGGCAAAUACAACGAUAUCACUUGUAUUGGCAGAACCUUUAACAUGGCCCAAACCGGCCGUUUUGAUGAAGAAUUGGUGCUGCAUUUCCCACCCACGUUGAAGGCUGUUUGCAACAGUGGGGCCGGCUACGACCAAGUCGAUGUGGAACCUUUGAUCAAAAGAAACAUCCAAUUGUCCAACGUCACCACCCCCGUGGAAGCACCCACUGCCGACACGGCGGUAUACCUCGUGUUGGCCACGUUAAGGAACUUCCAAGAGGGACAUGAUUUGAUGGUUAAAGGCAAAUGGGUACCAGGUGUCAAAAGUGCCGGGUCCAAGCUUGGGCACAAUCCCAGUGCCAAAGUGGUGGGGAUUUUGGGAAUGGGAGGCAUUGGCCGUGCCAUCCGUGACCGAUUGGUACCCUUUGGCUUCAAAAAAAUCAUCUACUACAACAGAAGCAAGUUGAGCCCAGACCUCGAACAGGGUGCAGAAUAUACAUCGUUUGAUGAUUUGAUUAGUAACAGUGACAUUAUUUGUGUUAGUGUGCCAUUGAACCCCAAGACUCAUCAUUUACUUGACGCCAAGGUAUUGGGAAAGAUGAAGAAAGAUGUGAUUAUUGUUAACACCGCUCGCGGAGCUGUGAUCGAUGAGGCUGCGAUUCUCGACAAGUUGCAAAAUAACGAGAUCGGGUUCUUUGGAAGUGAUGUAUUUGAAUUCGAGCCCAAAGUGAGCCAGGAUCUCUUGAAUUUGCCCAACGUCGUGAGCUUGCCCCAUAUGGGCACUCAUACGGUGGAAGCAGUGUUGGGGUUGGAGUCGUUUACGGUGGAAAACAUUGAUUCGGUUCUCCGGAGUGGAAAGGUGAAGACUGUGGUGCCGGAAAUGGCCAAGAUAGAUUUCGGUCACCAGCCGUUGGUGUAGAACAGAGUGAUAUUAUUCUGGGGCUGAAAUACGUCAGAUAGAAGUAUCCAUAGAUAAUAUAAGUGGUUGCAAACAAUCAUAUGGAAAUAGAUUUGACAGAGGAAUCCACAGAUGUGAUAUCACAGAUACCUAUAUGACUGCACUUGUGAAAUUUUUGUGACAUCCCAAACGCAUAUACGUAUCUUGUAAAAUCACCUGCCAAAUAUAUAAGCUGCC